AUAUGGACGUCAGAGGAGGAGUAAAUACGCGAUGACAGGAGAAUAACAACAUGACAGUCCCUCUACAGUUGGAAGAGGAUGGGAAGUCCCACCGUGCUUUUGUCUCCUGUGAGAAGAGAACUUUAGCGCCCCGUCUUGAUUGGCUCCUUUUAGUUUUCUAUGAAGUCUUUUCAUGGUGUCGCCUGAUUGGUCCUUCAGACCUGUGUGAGGACUGAUCUGCCAAUUGUUAUCAGUCUUGCAGCGUCUUUCCUCUGCAGCUCGGCGUUCCACGAACGACAGGAUAAGGAAGGAAGAUCUCAGUUUACUGCAGCUGAACCAGGAUUUCGCUGAAGUGAUCUUCACCAUGGAGGUGCCCAGUAGACCGCCGCCUUCCGACUUCAAACUCCGUAAAUCGGCUUCAUCUCCUCUACGCUAUUCAGGAGCAAUAAAGAAGGUUUCCAAGAAAAAACAAAUGGGGGGAAAUUUGCCGGAAUAUGGAAAUGAAGAAAAUGACAAUCAGUUUGAAGAGAAUAAACUUGACACUGAGGAAGAGACAGUAGAGGAAUCUGUGUUUCUAAAACCACCAACUGAUUCCUCGGAAGUCGUAGAUGCAGCUGCGCAUCAAAUACUGAUAAGACUACCUUCACAGGACAGUUUCUCAGAGGAGAGCUUUGUGUCAGAGGAGCGGCUGGCAGAGGAAGCCAAAAAGAAGAAGGAGGAGGAGGAGGCAGCAGCGAAGGAGAGGCAAGCUCAGAGACAGAUGAUGGCUAUAGAAGAGCUUGCCCAAUCAGAGAAGAGUUACCUCAGAAUGCUGCAGAUUUGCACUGUAAACAUCAGGAACAACCUGCAGAACCUCCAGCCUCCUCCACCCAACCUGGACAGUGUGUUUCUCUACAUAGAUGAGGUGAUGGAUGUAUCAGGUCGGCUUCUCAGCAUGUUGGACCAAAAGCAGCUCACCCCUGAAAACCCAGACUUCCUAGAAACCCUCUGUACCUCAUUCCUCAGCCUCUCCUCAGAUAUUGAAGCAGCUUAUAAAGAAUACUUGCGGCACUAUAAUCAUGUCUCAUUAGUGGAGAACAGCUACAAACAGAAGGAGGCACUUUGGAAUGACAUCGUUACAAUCAUCAAGACCUCAGCACCUGAGGUCAAUGCCACCUCUUUGAGUUUCUUCUUGGUGAUGCCGGUGCAGCGGAUUGCCCGCUAUCCUCUCCUCCUGCAGACCAUCCAGAAGCACACUGACCCCUCUCACCCAGCAUACGGCCUCCUGGAGCAGACUGCUCACACUUCUGUCGCCUUAAAUUGUCGUAUUAACGAGUACAAACGCUUCAGAGAAGUCGCUGAUAAAUACAAGAAGACGGAAAACCUGACUAUUAUCGACAAGAUCAACCGACUUAACACACACAGCAUCGCAAAGAAGACAGCAAGGUUCAGUCAGCACAUCAAACACGAGACUGGAAUGGUGCCAAAGCUGGUGGAUGAAGAGUUUGAUGCCCUUGAAGGUUUCUUUAACAUUCUGGAGGAUGGGAUCCUGGUUCUUCUGGAGAACGUGGAAACAUACCUGCUCCACCUACAGAGGUUCCUGGAAUGUAAGACAGAAGAGUUCGACUUUGACAUGGAUGGAGAAAAGACCCCUAUUUGCUAUAAGGAGAUCAAUACUGCGCUCAGACAGUGGAUCCUUCCAAUGUUUGAAAAAAGGAUGAGGGUUCUGAUCUACAAACCCCUCUGUGACCUCCGUGACCUCCUGGUCGGCCCCAAGAACCUGAUUAGAAAGAGACUCCACAAGCUGCUGGACUACGAAGUGAUCGAAGGCAAAUCCAAACUGAGCUACGACGAACAGGCUGUGGCAAACGCAUACAAGACAAUUAACACGCUGCUCCUCAAUGAGCUUCCUCGCUUUAAUGGCCUAGCUCUGCAGAUGAUCUGGCGAAUGUUGGGAACGUUCAGCUGCUUGCAUCGAGAUCUGGCUGCAGACAUGGAGCAGGUCUUUCAAAGCUUUGCUCAACAGCUCCCUCACAGCUCUCUGCACCCUAAGGAAUUCCAGGAGUGGGUGGAAUCUGCAGUGCUGGAAGGAGCGAGGCAGUUGGAGACUUUAUGCCAAAGUGUGGAGGAAGCUCUCAAUGCUCCAGCUGCCCAGCCUCUGAGCCCAUCCUCUCAGCGCCGUCUGAAGCAGCUGACAGAUAAACACGGCUCUGGUAAGAUCUUCCAGGUGACAAGCACGGUGGUGGCCACCCGGGACUUCGACCUGAACCUGACUAAGGGAGAGUUGGUGGCCCUCAUCAGCGAGACCGACACCCGCGGAGACAAACGGAGGUGGCUGGUUGAUGCAGGAGGAAAAAAAGGCUAUGUUGCGUCCUCAAAGCUCGCUCGCUAUCACCAAGCAGUGGAGGACCCGCCCCCCUCUCCAUUUCUUCCUAUGCCAGCGGAUAUGAGCGGAUUAAGGAGACAUUCCUGCACCCCAGACCCCCAACUCAUCCAGGUGACAAGUCGACCUUUAUUCCAGGUGAUUGCUGCCUACGACUUCACAGCCAGAGGAAACCAUGAAGUAUCUGUCCAUGCCGGUGAGCCCGUCCGCGUCCUGGAGCCCCACGAUAAACGAGGGAACCCUGAGUGGAGCCUGGUGGAGGCCAGGGGUCAGAGAGGCUAUGUGCCCUCCAACUACCUCACCAGGACACCAGUGAUCUCUUCACUAGGAAGGCAGUAAAACACUAGCAUGUUAUAUACAGUCUACUAUAUUUGGCUUUGAACCUGCAGCUGCUUCUAAAACAUGUAAAAUACAUGCUUUAUAUGUCAGAAGAAAUUUUAAACUACA